CGAGCAGCCAGCGUUUCCGUGCCGACGCCAGGAUGCUCUUGACACGCGGUCUCUGGGUGCUGCUGCUGACAGCGGUGUGUUCUGGCCGCCGAAUUCAUCGGCCGAGCCAUGGCUCACAGCAGGUGCUUCUGAUCGACCUGCCCGACGAGCGCGGGGUCGACUCGGCAAAGACAGUGGAGGGCCUGUCUCAGCCCGCCGCUGACGGCAGGGAUAGGUCCCAGGACCACACGGCGGAGACGGCAGAGACGGAGCUAGCGGUAGAAGAAGAGGAAACAGAAGGGGCGGCGGGAAGGACGGAGGAAGGUGGAGAGGUGUCGGCAGUGGAAGAGACAGUGGAAGAAAUGAAGGAAGAAACAGUUGAAGAAACGGACGAGGAAACAGUAGAGGAAGUGGAUGAAGAGACAGAGGAAGUGGAGCACAAAGUGGAACAACGGCCACCCCGAAUCGUCAAAAGGCAAUGUUACGGCUGCGCCGAGGUUGUCUGCUCAUGUCCCAACUGCGACCGGAGGUAAAAGUCCAUCGGGGUCGGCGCUGCAUUGAAGCCAUUGUGAAGUUGAGAUCGCAACCUUCAGCAGCUAACGGGUGGGUCGUAUGCCGUGAAUACCUUUAUGAAAGAUAGCGUGUAAUGUGUCUAUAAAUUGAAAUGUCGAAGCCUUGUUAAGUGAUACUUGCGAAGCCGCCACUACCUACCAGCAAUACAUGUGAUAAAUGAGCGUAGAAAGUUCCCGCUUACAUCUCGUAUGUACAGCACGAUGGUGAAGAGUGACGAUUAGGGGAAAUGCUGCACCCUUACAUGCUACACAUUGCUACACAUUUACAUAGUUAUAAAUGUACUUUCAGUAUGCGGUACUUGCAGAAACGGCCAAUACAUACCUACAGUAUUUCGACUGUACCGCAAGACGCGGCUGUUCCAGGGCGCCUGUAGUCAGACUGCACCGCAAGACACUGUAUAAACUGGAAGCCUGUUGUAAUGCCGCACCAAAACGCGGUAUUUCGUGCACGUGUGUUGUGUGGAGGGGGGAGGGGGAGAUAGAAGGCAGGGCAUUAUUUAUGCAGACCAUUUUAGUGCCGUGCAAUGAUGAGAGACUGAUUAGACUGAGUCGAUUUCGACCACCAGUUGGUUGUCACAGCGGCUGAUCAUAUGCGAUUGAAACGACAGUAUCCAGUGUGAGAGUCCUCCCACUUGCCAAAAUGGUCACCGGUUGAGCAUGUUCUUACUGAAUAGACCUCACCGGCUGUCUCG